UCGUAACCUGAAGUUGAAGGAGUCCCCCGGCCUGAAAGUGACGACCACAACAUCCAUUUGAAGAAGAAGGAGCACGUGGUUAAGUACGUCUUAUAAAUAUCCCUCUACAACCGGCCGCAUGCUGUUGUGCCACUGGCAACAUCAGCUCUGCGGACCGAUUUUCAGAGCAAGAAGAGAUGGAGGAACGCGUCAACGGUCUACCAUUGUAUUAAAAGGAAAUACCGAUUAUCUUUAUACUUCAACCUACUUGCCAUACUUUUGAUACACUUUUUCCCCGCAUUUUCUCAAUUUACAUUGACCCAACACAUGCGUUAUAACAACUUUAAUAGGUUAUAUCUCGUCGAGACGACACCUUGCGAGUACCAGGACGGGUUGAUUUUUGCACUGUUGUAUGUUCUUCUGUCAAGAACCGCGAUGCAACUGCUCAGCGAAGCCCACCUUGAUCUUGAGAUAGAGAAAUCAAAGACGGACUUGUGCUGAGCGCGGUACUGGCCACAGUUGGAAAGCUCGCAGCGCUCUGAUGCGGUAGAGGUGUGCGCUAACCCACAGGCUACACGUCUGUUCUGCACAACUGGAGAUAGCGAGCUCGCUGGUUGUAGUUUGUUUUUGCUUCAAGGUUUUUAUAUUAAACCUUGAUUGGCAUUUAAUGGCCACAAUUCGGUCUUUUUCGUUUGGACAAUUGUAACUUUACGCGCGUUUAGUAUGCGUUUAUUGUGAAGUGAUUGGUAAUAUCAUACAUUGCCUACUGCUGCUGUCUGCUCCCCGCUGCCCGUAUAACGGAUUUUACAGAUUAGUUCACUUCCAUGGUUGAAUGGAUUUCCAGGUACAAUUUCAAAUACUGUGCUGAAACUGGGAUCACAAUAUUUAGGCCACAAGUAGUUAAGUGUGCAAGCCUAUAUAUCCAAUAUUUAGGCUUUUUUUCAUGUUUAUAUUGCCUUUCCGUUAUAUUUAAAUAUCCUUUCCAAGGCCGCUUUUAUCUUUUUUUUGUUGUCAAGAUUUCAAUACGCUGCUAUAGUCUACUUUUAGAGUUCACAAUGAACUACUGCGUUUUAAGUCUUCUCCUGACCAUGGAUUUAGCCACUGUGGCCGUCAGUUUGUCUACAUGCAGUACGCUGGACAUGGAUCAGUUUAUGAAAAAGCGCAUAGAAGCCAUUCGUGGACAGAUACUGAGCAAGUUGAAGCUCACGAGCCCCCCGGAAACAUACCCCAAGCCCGAGGAGGUGUCGCGGGAUAUCAUCGCCAUCUAUAACAGCACGAGAGACCUGUUGCAGGAGAAAGCCAACGAUCGGGCGGCGACGUGUGAGCGCCAACGAAGCGAGGAGGAGUACUACGCAAAAGAGGUUCACAAAAUCGACAUGCAACCCCCCUACCCCUCUGAGAAUGUUAUCUCUCCCACGCACUACAACCCGUACUACAGACGGCUCACCUUCGACGUGACCUCCAUGGAGAAGAAUGCCUCUAACCUGGUCAAGGCUGAGCUACGAGUCUUCCGCCUCCAGAACCCCAAGGCCCGCGUGUCUGAACAGAGGAUUGAACUGUACCAGAUUUUGAGUCACAAGGACCUGGCGUCCCCGACGCAGCGCUACAUUGACAGCAAGGUGGUGCGUACGCGCACGGAGGGGGAGUGGCUGUCUUUUGACGUGACAGAGGCAGUCAGUGAAUGGUUGCUUCAUAGAGACAGAAACAGUGGAUUCAAGAUCAGCUUGCACUGUCCGUGCUGUACAUUUGUGCCCUCAAACAACUACAUCAUCCCCAAUAAGAGUGAGGAGCUGGAAACCCGCUUUGCAGGUAUAGAUGACAGCUUCCACCACAGCGGAGACCUGAAAGUGUAUCGGAAGCGGCGCCACAGCGCCCAGGCUCCACACCUGCUCAUGAUGUUGCUGCCCUCCUACCGCCUAGAGUCCCAGCACAAGAGCCACCGCUCCAAACGAGCCCUGGAUGCUGCCUUCUGCUCCAGAAAUGUCCAGGAUAACUGCUGCUUGCGGUCGCUCUACAUCGACUUCAAGAAAGAUCUGGGCUGGAGGUGGAUCCAUGAGCCCAAGGGCUACAAUGCUAAUUUCUGUGCCGGGGCCUGUCCCUAUCUAUGGAGCGCUGACACCCAGCAUUCCAAGGUGCUAGGCCUGUACAACACCAUCAACCCGGAGGCGUCAGCAUCGCCCUGCUGUGUGUCUCAGGAUCUGGAACCUCUCACCAUCCUCUACUACAUCGGCAAGACCCCCAAGAUAGAGCAGCUCUCCAACAUGAUCGUCAAGUCCUGCAAGUGCAGCUAGGAACUGUGCAUAUUCAGUCACACACACACACACACACACACACACACACACACACACACACACACACACACACACACACACAUGCACACACACACAUUCAGUCACACACACAUGCACACACGCGUGUAUGCACCCACCCACCCACACAUAUAAAUACACAUACUGUACAUAUACACAUACACACAUUCAUCAACAAACACAUACUGUACAUUCACACAGUCCGUUACACUAUUAGUCUCCUGCACUAUUGUACAGACAUAUUUGAUCUCCUACAAGCACAAGUGGAAAAGGUGCUGAGCAGAUCUAGGUACAGAAAACAUGUCUCCCGAAACAUCCAUGCGCACACACACACACACACACACACACACACACACAGACACACACACACACACACACACACACACACACACACACACACACACACACACACACACACACACACACACACACACACACACACACACACACACACACAGCUGUGGCUUUUGUACAGGUGUGCCUGUGUUUUUGUGUUUAGAAAGGCCCUGUUAACAUGCCUCACCUCACACACUUGUCACACAAAGACACAAGAGUACGGCAAACACUGGAAAAAAGUAUACGUGUCUAUAUGUGAAAUAAUACGUGUCUGAGAAACAAAGACGACCCCCCCGGUUUCAACAUUCAAAGCAAGCCAUCUCCUUGAUUUUGUUUGUCUCGUUUUGCAUCCUUUUGAAACUAUUGUAAUUUUAUAUUUUGUUUAGAUUUUUGAUAAUUGUAUUGCCUAUUUAAUAUCCUGUGUUUUAUGGUUAGCCCCCAACACAUUUUCAACUCUCUCGAGAAGUGGUGGAUGAAUCCACUUCCCAAUGUCAGUUUAUUAAUAUGUUAUAACAUAGUAAUGUUAUAAUCGCAUCCCAUAUGCUGUUUAUAUGUGCUGUAACAGCCACGUUAGGCAGAAAGAGGCUAGGAGACUGUAAAAGAGAGACAGAGAACAAAAGAAAAUAAGCACACCUUGCAUGCCUACCUUUUCAACAGAGACUCAUCCUCACACAGGCAUACUCAAAAAGAAAACACACACACACCCAUCCCAAACACUGCAGUAGGCAACAUAUUCAAACUCUGCUGGAAUGAACAGUCCUGACAUUUUGAUAACAAAACAACUAAACAAGAAAAGUGUCCCAAAGUAAUGUUGAACUCUGUUUACCUUGUGCAUUGAAUCUUGAAUGCUUUAGGAAGCCCAACAGUGAUUCCAUCAACUACACAAGGUAUGUCAUCAUAAACACACGUUUAAGAUUUCUGUGGAUAUGUUGGAUUUUUCUGAGUAGAACCGGGUUGUCGUUGUCUAUAUGAUGCAGUGGUAUGGGAAUGUGGAAGUAUGUUAGUUAGGGAGGUAUACUAGAGUUGUCGUGACAAUUAGAGAGAAGGGAUACAAUAGGUGAGAAUGGACAGUAGAUGUGACCUGGUUCAGAGAUUAUCCAUGUACCUUUGAGACCAUUCCAUUAGGUCUGAAAUUACUUUAGGUCAGAGGUCAAAAGGUCAUAUUUACAGGUGUGCAGUAGUUGUUAUGGACACCAGCAUUGUAUCUGCUCAUUUGCAUCCGAAAAGCUUUGUCUCGCCCGCCUCCCUCAUAGUGUAAAGCCAUUAUUCAGUCAUAGGUUUUUGUCCUUUUGUGGAAUAAAAAUUGUUGGAUACAAAGAAUUGCACUGACGCUAUUUUGAUUCUGUUUUUUAUUUUUGUAUUUUUUAAUAGUCGUUACUUCCCCCUUAUUAAAUGAGGAGUGUUGAUGAUGUGACUUAGAGCAGGAAGUGUAGGUGACACUACCCUGCCCCUAACCCCACCCCCCUUUGUGCACCCGCGCCAGAGGACUUCCUGGAAAACCAGGAAGUGGAGCGAGGCACCAAUAUUGUCAUGAUAGAGCUAUUAUUUUUGUUGUUGUUGUUGUUUAUGAUGAUUAUGUUUUUGUUGUUGUUGACCCACUAUGAUGUAUUGUAACACAUUAUUGUUGUUGUACUCUAGUGGUAAAUAAAUUAUUUAAA